GCAUAGACUGUGAUUCAUUGUCGUAAUUUGAUAUCAUGUAUUAUGUUUACAAUACAGAGAUGCAGUCUAAGCAUAUGAACAUUAAUGACCUAGAGGAGGAAUAUGAUCGAUUUGAGGAGGAAUCUUUGAUGGCUGGACCAUCUAGUAGAGCAGUAUUUACUCCUGGUCGAUCAUCAAGUUUAGCUAGCAGUCAGGCUUACGCAGGUAGUCAGUCAGCCAGGAAGGACUGGGCUAAAAUUAAAGUAACACUUAAACAAGAGAAAAAAACUGAAGGGGAGGAGCUACAAAAACAAAAGGCAGUCAAUAAGAUGAGGUGCGCAGUCAUGCUGAAAAAGUAG